AGUUUGGCAAUAUUGCUUCCGUAUGCUCUCAUCGGUGGAUAUUUAAUAUACAUUUUGGUAACACUGAAUGUGUAUAGUUGAAGUUGAAAAUUAUAAAUAAUCGAAAAUAUAAUCCAGCACUUUGGAAAAAGGUAUAUUUGGAAGUACUUGUGUUAUAAAAAAUAAUUCAAAAUGUGUGCGAAAAUGGCAUUUCAACAUCAAGCGGGAACGGCAAUGGAAUGUUUAAGUAUUCCAAUUACGCUUCACAAAGAAGUCGAUGGUGAUACCUUACGUUGUGGAUUUAAAAUUGGUGGAGGCAUAGAUCAGGAUUUUCUCAAAAGUCCUCAAGGAUACACAGAUAAUGGAAUUUAUGUGACAGAAGUGCACGACAAUAGCCCGGCAUCAAAAGCAGGACUUCGGAUACAUGACAAGAUACUUCAGUGCAAUGGUUAUGAUUUUACAAUGGUUACUCAUAAAAAAGCGGUCAGUUAUAUUAAAAAACAUCCUGUAUUAAAUCUUCUGGUGGCAAGAAAAGGUGUUACAUCAACCUAAAUCAUUCUAAUUUGUUAAAUUAUGUGUAAUAAGUUACCAAAAAAAAUGUGUUGUGUAAGUUCAUAGAAAUUGAACAAAUGUUAUGCUACUAUCAUAAAAUAUUCAGUGUUAGUAUUUAGAAGCAUUUACAUAUUUAAAAACUUACUAAUCAUUUAAAAUCAUAUGUGUAGAGCUAGGUUGUUUAAUAAAAUUUGAAUGAGUAACAUUCAACAUUCUUGACUGUUAUCCAUUAUUGUUGAAAAUCCUUUUUAAGUGGAAAUUUGUAAGGUCAUGUCAAGAGGUGCUAAUGUACAAAUAAGGGUCUUAGGAAAAUAAUUAUUCUAGCUAAUUUUUAAUGUUAACAAAUUAUUUUUUUAAAUUUCACAUUUAUGCCAUUUUAUGAGAUGCAAAUAUUUUUUUAAACGCCUAAAAAUAAGCCGCUAUGUAAACUGUGAUUUUGUGAUCCUCAUUUACAAAAAUUGAAGAAGCAUGGGUAAGAUAAUAUUUGUUGUCUCCAAAUAAUUUUAAAUAUUAUGUUCAAAUAAUUCUAAAUAUUAUGUUUUAAUCUUCAUUUAUUUUAAUAUUAAAUAUAAAAAAUUGGUUUUUUAAGGCAAAUAUUAACCAGCUACAUAUGGAAUGCUUUAAGAACUAGACAGUAUAUUUGUGAGAAUUUAUGCAGUGGCAUUCUUAUUCUUCAAUGGAUUUCUGAAUUGGAUACUCGACUGCCAUUUUGAAACCUAAUAAUAUGUUUUGGUUUUAAAUUUUAUUUGAAGAGAUUUAAAUUAUUUUUGGGUCCUCCUUUAAUGUCUGUUUCAUAAAUUUUUUAUUUAUAUCAUCCAAGGAACAAAGGCCAUAGAAAUUAAUUUAAUAAUUCUGUUUGUCAUUACUUUCCCAAAAUCUUUUAUGUGAUUUUAAUUUCAAUCUUGCAUUAAUGAAAGAAAGGGUAAUUGAUAGCAAACAUUUGCAAUCUUAUCUUGACUCCACUUUUCAUUUUGGUUUCUAUUAUGUCAAUAUGAAGUAAAAGAUAAGAAUUACAUUCCACUAUUAUUUUAUGUAUGAUACUGAUUUUAUAUAUUUCAGGUAUUUUUGAUGUAAUAAUAUUUAUUUCCUUCGAUCUUUAUUUUGAAUUCUUCACAUUAUUUGUACUCUUGUGAGAGAAGUGGUUUAGUGUCCGAUAAACUAAAUUUUCACUUUAUAGGUCAAACAUAUUAUUAUUGGGAUAUAAUUUUAAGUACUUUGGUUCCAAAUUUCGAUAGUUAUUCCUUCAAAAGUAGUAAAUAUUUAUGCAUGUUAUGUAUUAUACAUAAGAGUGACAACAGAGCACAAUAAAUAGUAUUAUUAUUUAAGUAAUGUUCAAGCUAUUUAAAAUACUGUGAUAAUAAAUGUUUAACAGAUU